AUGGAAAGUGAUGCCGUAAUAUCGGUACCAGAAAAUAGAAUUAUUACUGGAAGUGAUUUAUUAAAUUUUAACGAAUAUGCAGACCAAAAAUUCGACAGUUCCAAAUUAGAAAGAAUUAAUUUAAAACUAUCAAAAUCAAAUGGUUUUAUAGUUAAUAACUUAUUAACAAAAGAAGAAUGCGACUAUUAUAUUAAAGAAAGUGAAAGAAAAGGUUAUGUAACAAUUGAAAAAGAAUUUCCAACACAUUAUCGUAAUAAUUUAAGAUAUUUAGGAAAAAAUGAUAAUUUAUCAGAAUUAUUAUGGGAAAGAUUAGAACCUCUUUUUUUAUCAGAUGAUUUAGAGGGUGUUAGACCAUAUGGAUUUGACCAAGGUGGUAUUUGGAUACCAGUUGGAUUGGAUAAUUGCUUUACAUUUGGUAAAUAUUUACCAGGAGGAAGAUUCAAACCACAUUACGAUGCAGUUUUUGCUGAUUCACCCAACAGAAGAUCUAUUUAUACUCUCCAAGUAUACUUGAACGAAGAGUUUGAAGGUGGUACAACUGAUUUUUUUACACAUGCCAAUCCAUUAGAAUUAGAAAAGCACAUUUUAGAAGACUCUGUUAAACCAGUAACUGGAAGAGCAAUUUUAUUCAAUCAUGAUACUCUACAUUGUGGUCAAGAAGUUUUAAGUGGUGAAAAAUAUAUCGUUCGUGUCGAUAUGAUGUUCCUUCGUAUUGAUUGUGAAAGUGAAGAAUUAAGUAAGACUCAAAAGGAAGAAUUAGAAAAAGCCAGAGAGCUAUUCUUUUUAGCAGAUUCAAUGGAAAAAGAUAAAAAAGAUUUAGAAAGUGCCAUCUCUACCUAUGUUAAAGCCCAAAUGCUUCUAGUUAACUAUCCAUCAUUUGAUGAUACAGCUUCAACUCUUUCAAAACUAUCAUUAGAUGAUUCCAAAAAGAAAAAUACUCAAAAACCAAAAGAAAUGGAAUUAGAAACAAUACCAGAAUUUCAAUUAUUUUUAAUUUUAGAGAAACUCAAUUGUAGAGAUAUAUGUCGUUUAAUGUGCACAAGCAAAUAUUUCUCAAGAGUGGCCAAGAAGGAUUCACUUUGGAAACGUUUAUACAUUAGAGAGUACAGUAUGGAAGCUUUUUCUUUUGAACAAAACAUUGAGGGCUCCAUCAAAGUAAAUAGCACCAAACAACAAAUUAAAAAAAUGUUUAAUGUCAAAUCAUCAAAACAGCAAAAGGCUAAGAGUUGGUAUUUAACAUAUUCAAAUAUCCAUAAAUAUAUAUUAAAAAAUGAAGUCGCAAUCAUUGAUAUUGGAUCUGAGUAUAUCAAAUAUGGUGACACUAAAAAUAGAUUGGGGUCAUGUGUUCAAAAAGCAGGUAAACAUCAAGAAUAUGCACCACAUUAUGUAAUGACCACAUUCGAUAGAUACAAUUGGUUAGUUGGUCCAAACAUUUCAUAUUAUGACAACACUGAUUGUGUUAGACGUGGUGAAUUUAAAACAGAUGCACUCAGUAGAGAAUGCUUAAAGGAAAUGAUAAAUUAUGUAUGCACACAAGUUGCCUCAAGAAAAAGAAAUCUUACAGCACCUAUUUUACUCAUCAUCAACCCAAUAGUGUAUGCUUCAAAUGGUGGUAAAUCUUUAAUUGAAACUAGAAAAUCCUUAAGAAAUGAUCUCAUUCUCUUUAGAAAUGGUGGCUUAUUAUCAUUGCAAUCACAUGGUUUAAAGAGUGGUAUCGUUUUAAUGAUGGGCAGAGAUGUUUUUGUUUUAGCUGCUUAUCAUAACGGCCAUCAAGUAGACUCUCUUCAACUUAAAGUAUGUGGAAAAGAUUUAGAAUCAUACCUCGCAUCAUUUAAUUCACCAGAAUGUAAAUCUACCCUCUUUGGAAAUGACCCUUAUUACGGUGAACGUACAGCCAAUUUUAAAAAUGGUUGGUUCUUGCUUGUUAGAGCAAGUAAUGACUAUCAAAAAGAAAUUAAAGAAAGAGAUCCAUAUGUUUUUGCACCAGAAAUCUUUUUCAAUCCAAGCCUCAUUAAAUAUAAUACCGCUAAAGGUGUAGUUGAAGAAACUGUAUCAUUCAUCAACCAAAUGAAAUCUAAGCAAUGUUUCAUCCAAAACCCAGAUCCCCUUUCAACACUUGUUAUUACUGGCGGUUUCUCUUGUAUCCCAAACUUUGUUGAAAGAUUCACAAAAGAUUUAAAUAAUGCUUUUGAUAGUUCUAUCAAAAUUCAUGCCUCAGGUGACCGUAUGUUUGAUCAAAUUAUUGGUGCUAAAAUAGAUUUGUUUUUAACAGAAUCUUUACAUGAUGAAUAUCAAAUGAUGAAUAUGAACGAACCAUCAUAUAUUCCAACAAUUACUAGAUCAACACUCAAAAAAAACCCAACCCCCACUUCAUCAUCGUCAAACUAUUUUUACACUGUAACUUAUCCAGAAGGUAUUAUCGAUUUUUCAAAUCAAGUUUUAAAUGGUGAACAACUUGAUGAUCUUUAUAUAUUUUUAAAGAAAAAUUUAAAGGUUGGUAAUGUGGUAUGGAGCGAAGAACAAGAUCGUUUCGAUAUCAAAUUUUGCAAAAUUAUUAAAAGAUUAAAGAAAAACAAUGAAUCAUUUAAUUAUCAUCCCAGUGAUUAUUUAUGCGGUGUAAUAUCAGGUCAUGUCUAUUUAGAUAAGAGUUAUUUCGAAAAAGAAGCAAUUGACUUUCGUGACAUCGAAAUAUUUAAACAAGGUGAAUAUACUCAGACUCAAUUAGAACAUACAGAACAAUAUUUAAAAGAUUUAAAAAUCAUCAGCUUUGAAAAUGAUAAUGGUUUUCAAUAUGCUCUUUAUGAAAAUAAAAAACUUCAUCAUGUAAUUUUGGCUUUCCGUGGUACAUCUACCAACACAUUAAAAGACUUUGCUCUAUCUUUCUUAGAGGAUAGUAUUGGUAUUACCUUAAAAAAAGAAGAUACUCAUCAACAAAAGAAAGCAUUAGAAGCUACCAAAAAGGCCAUUGACCAUUGCAGGGAAAAAAAAUAUAAUUUAACUAUCACUGGCCAUUCGUUAGGUGCUUGGUUAUCAGAAUUAGCACAUUACUAUUGCUUCUAUAGAUUCGACUAUACCAAAGUAAAAACUGUAGUUUUCGAUAGUCCAGGUGCUCUUGAUCAAUACAAAGUUUAUGAUGACUUUAAAGAACCAGCAAUCCCAUAUACUAGUAUGGAUAUUACUGUAUACUUAUCGGAACCAAAUCUUGUAAACUGUAUGAACAAUCAUUUAUUUGAUGGAAACUCUUCCUACAGAGUAUACCCAGAGGGCAUAGAUAAAGUUGAUGACUCAAAGAUGGAUUUCCUUUUAACAACAAAGUAUCAUUCCCUAAUUCCAAUUAUACAAUGCUUUGACUAUCUUACUGGUAAACCAAAGGAAUAUAAACUAAUCAAAGACUGGCCAUUUAUAACACCAUCACAACUCUCAAGCUUUAUGAAAUACUUUAAAUAUAAUGACAAUGGUUAUUUAGAAAACCCAACCAAUGAACCAAUUAAAGGUGUCAAAUAUAAAGUUGAACAGGUUAAUCUUUUUGGUGGCUCAUUAGUAACAGAUGUAUUAAAAAUCGAUCAAUAUUUCAUUCAGCUCUCUUUAAAAAACUAUUUCAAUUCAUUUAACGAUUUCUUUAUCUCAUCGCAAUUAAAAGAACUUAAAAAUCUUUAUCAAAUUGAAAAUGCCCAAGAUAAAUAUGAAAUUAAGGUUACCAACCAAUCUAUCACUCUUGAAAAUUUAAAGCAAAGACUAUCAAGAGUAAUUGACCUAAGCCCCAAAUCAAUCAAAAAACUAUUAAAAUCCAAAGAUGAUGACUCAAAUUUUAAAGAAUAUAAAAUUCGUAAAAAUCCAAAUAUUAAUGAUGAAGACUUUUAUGACCCAAACAACUAUUUACAAUCAAUUGCAGAAAUCCAUAAACAUCAACACAUGGCGAUUAUUACUGGUGAAGAAGGAUCCGGUAAAUCUAGUUUAUCUUUGCACUAUGCCACCAAAUAUUAUCCCCAGAUAGUCCAACAACAAUAUAGCAACCAAAAAGUAUUAUUUAUAAAAUCAGAUACAAAGGAAAUGAUAAUGGAGGAGUUUGGCUGUAUUUUAUUAAAGAAUUAUAGUGAAGAAACCAAUGGCUAUGAUUUUAACCUAUCAUCAAACAAUUUAACCGAUUUCUAUAAAUCAAUAAUGGACUCAACAAACACCUUUUACUUUUUCAUUUUUGAUAAUGUCAGCGAUCCUAAUGUCAUCGAGCCAUUCCUAUACUAUCUCCCAAAAACAAAUACCAAAGUUAUUAUUACAUCUCAACUCGGUAAAUGUCGUUUCAACAAAAAUCUUUUAUUAAGUAAAGAGAAUAUUCAAGAUAUUUCAGUUAAUGUUCAGCUUUUAACAAAUGAACAAGCAAAUGACUAUUUACACAAAAAAGGAAUUAAAUCUAACUGUAAUUUCAGUUCACCAAUAUCAAUUCAUCUUUUAAAUAUUUUAUUAAAUCACCAAUAUUUAAUUCAAAACAACCAACCCGAUAAUUCCCAGCCACUUGACUUUAAUGAUUUACUUAAAUUUUUAAUUUGUGAUUUCAUUAAAGCAAAACCAGAAUCAUCAGAAGUGCUCUACGUUCUACCAUUCCUUGACCCUGAAAAUAUUUCACUCGAUAUUUUAUCAAAAAUUAUAAACAAUCCAGAUUAUAAUUUAGAGGAGAAUAUUAGAUAUUGGUCAUCAAUUUCAAUAAUUAACGAAUUACCAAACAAAAAUAUCAACACCUACAAGAACAUUCAAAAUAUUAUCUUAACCCAAAUCAUCAGUAAUGCAGACUCUCUUAAAAACCAAAGUAAAAUUAUUGGUUUAUUUGAAUCUAUGAAUCUAAGUGGUGAAUACCCAAAGGGAUGGAGAAUUUAUUUUAAUCACAUUCGUUUCUUUUACAACAAUUUCAAUGAAAAGGUUUUAGAACAUUUCAAGAUAAUUGAAAACUAUGGUAUUUGCUUUAGACUAUUAUCUCUCUAUCAAGACUCUGUUAAAAUUUUAAAUCAAGCAUUUGAAAUUAAAAAAAAGAACAACUCAAGCAAUCUUGAACUAGCUUUUACUUUAUUUGAACUUGGCAAAACAUGUGUCAAGAGUAACAACUUCAAUGAAGCAUUGGCCUACUUUAGUAAAUGCGAAUUAGAUGUUGGUGAAGAAAAAACAACCCUUUCGGAAACCUAUAAUUAUAUUGGCCUAUGUCACUUCCAUCUUAAUAACCAUGACGAAACACCAUUACAAUUUUACGAUAAGGCUUUGAAUUUAGAAACCAGAACCAAGAAUCUUGCCUCAAUUCAUUUAAAUAUUGGCAACUUUUAUUUGGCAAACGAAAAAAUUACUGAAGCAAAAAAUGAAUUUUUCAAAUCACUCCACCACUCUGAACAAGAAUCAGAAAAGAAUACACCAAUCUAUGCAAAAUCAAUUUUCAAAAUGGCGUUGGUAGAAUAUAAGGAAAAAAACUAUAUCGAGGCAAUAAAGAAAUUCGAAACUUCAAUUAAUCUCUUUAAAGAAUUAUUCAAAUCAUCAAACCAUAAAGAUAUAGGUACAUGCUAUCAUAUGAUAGGUUUAUGUUAUUUCCAAUUGGAUGAUGGUAUAGAUGUCAACUAUUUAUUAAACUCUUUAAAUAACUUACAACAAGCCCUCAACAUUCGUUUGAAAAUUCACAGAACCAACACAUGUCAUAAAGAAUUGGACGAAUCAUACUAUUCCCUUGGUAUAUUAUAUAAUAAAAGAAAAGAACAUCAACUAUCAUUUGAUUAUUUCAAAAAAUCAUAUGAUAUUAAAAAAACAAAUAAUGAUAACCUUUUAGAUUCAUUAGAAAAACUUUCAACCCAGUCAUAUUUACUGGGCCAAUAUCAAACCUCAAUAGACUUUACAAUAAAGCAAAUCUCCAUUAUAGGUAAUACAAAUGAACCACUAUUAGCAAAAUGUUAUAAUAUUCUAGGUAAUUGCUUUAGAAAACUAAACCAACAACAAGAAUCUAUAGACAACUAUGAGAACUCAAUCAAGAUUCUAAACACUCUUAUUAAAGCAAAUGAAAGAAAAUCAAAUGAAAAUAAAUCCGAUAUAAUUAAACAAUUAAACCAAUCUAUUCAACUAUAUGAAUUAAAUGGUUCAAAUUACUAUGGUCUUUAUACCCUCAGUCCAUCAAAUAAUAACUAUAAAUAUCAACUCAGUCAUUACCACAACUAUUUAAAGAAGCUUUCACAAAGUCCUUACAAAAACCAAUUAACAAAUUUAAGUAUUAUCCAAAAAAGCGAAUGGUACACCCAAUAUGGUUCAAAUAACUCAAUCCUAUCAAUUAUUAAAAGCAAGAAAUUUUUAAUUUUAACCGCUGUAAUAACAAGUAGUAUAAUUAUUGGUUAUUUAUAUAACCAUAAUAAUAGUGAAAACUAA